AUGUCAAAAUGCAACAAAGUGAAAAACCCAUGUAAGAUAUGCUUAGGACCUGUAACAAACAAGAACGGCUUACAAUGCCACGGUGCCUGCCAGAGUUGGGCACACUACAAUUGCCUGAACUACACCCCUGGCAAAAUCAAGGAUAUAAAGGCCGGUAUCAUAAAAGUAACAUGUCCCUGUCCAGACUGCAGGACGAGCAUGCCAAAAGAAUACAGAACCGACACGCCGUAUAGUUGUAACAAUUCACAGUGCCCAGCUAACCGACCACCCAAAUGUGACAAUACGCAGUGCCCUAUCAAUAGCGACCAGAAAUGCGGACGACCGAAAGCGCCCAGUUGUGCUCUCGGUACAUGUGGUACUGAUUGCAAGCAGUACAGUAGUAGCCAUCAAAUGGAUGGUUGUCCACCUCCACCUCUACCGCCGCCGUGCAAUCGGUACGGCACGGUAUCUCCGAUAACAUCUUCUGACGCCUGUUUGACCGACAGAUGUCCGUCUGGCUGCUCUUCCCAGAACGAUGUUCACGGAGACGCUGGUAUGUUCCAGAUGAGUGGCAGUACGCCUUCCUUUCAUGUCGUCGAACAAAUGUGUAACACUGUUGGCCAACUCACGAAUCAGAUAAACGAACUUAUGAUGCAGAUGAAGGAAGCAGUUAACUGUAAUAGAGGUGGGUGUUGUCCACCUCCUCCAAAAGCAACUUGUCAACAAAAAGGGCCAAAAUCGCUAUGUCCAAAACCAUGUUUCUGCCCAGGAAACCCUGCCAGAAGAAAUUGUUAA